AUGAAGGCGCUCUUCUCCAAGGGCUCCAAGAAUGGGGCUUCAAACCCCCCGGCCACGGCGCCACCCGUGAAAAAAGACUUCCAGGUACCGCAGAUUUCCCCUCUGGAAAAGAGGCUGCAGGACAUGGGUCCCAUCCGCGACGACGGCAGCGACAAGUUUUAUGGAAUGGAAAAUUAUGGAAACACUUGUUACUGUAACUCCAUCCUGCAAUGUCUCUAUUACUCAGUGCCCUUCCGCGAAGCCGUCAUCAACUACCCACAACGCACACCCAUGGACAGCCUCGAGGCUGCCCUCGCGAAGAACCUACGUUACCAGAACCCAAAUGCCCACCUCGAAGCCGAGGCGCUGGCUGCCCGACAAAAGGCCUCGUCCCCACCAUCCGCGCGCCAGGCCGGUGUGCCCCCAAAUCCCAACCAGAAGCCGGAGGACAAGGAGUCGCCGGAAUACAAGAAGAAAGUGGCACUUCAGACCCUGCCGAUUUUGGAAACCAAGAACAAUGCGACCAGUUAUGGGAUGUCGGAGUCCUUGUUCACUUCGCUCAAGGACAUCUUCGAAUCGGUCGUAGGAAGCCAAGCACGCAUUGGUAUCGUUCGCCCGCAGCAGUUCUUGGACAUUCUCCGUCGCGAGCACGAGAUGUUCCGGACCGCCAUGCACCAGGAUGCGCAUGAGUUUUUGAAUUUGCUCCUCAACGAGGUCGUCGCCAAUGUGGAAACGGAAGCCACGAAGCAGGCAUUCAUCGACAAGGCUCUGCCACCAACAGCAAGUGCCGACUCCUUGGGAAUGGUGCCAUCUAGCACGGGUUCGAAAUCGCCCAAUACUACCAGAUGGGUUCACGAGCUGUUCGAGGGGACUCUGACGUCCGAGACCAAGUGUCUCACCUGUGAAAAGGUGUCGCAGCGAGACGAAGUAUUCUUGGAUUUAUCGGUGGAUCUCGAGCAGCAUUCGUCCGUGACCUCUUGUCUGAGAAAGUUCUCGGCCGAGGAGAUGCUCUGUGAGCGGAAUAAGUUCCACUGCGACAACUGCGGCGGACUGCAAGAAGCGGAAAAGCGGAUGAAGAUCAAACGUUUGCCACGUGUGCUGGCUUUGCAUUUGAAGCGUUUCAAAUACACAGAGGACUUGCAGCGACUGCAGAAGCUGUUCCAUCGCGUCGUCUAUCCCUACCAUCUUCGUCUAUUUAACACCACGGACGAUGCCGAGGAUCCAGACCGUCUUUACGAAUUGUAUGCGGUGGUGGUGCACAUUGGCGGAGGACCGUAUCACGGCCACUACGUUGCCAUUAUCAAGACCGAAGACCGUGGCUGGCUGCUGUUCGACGACGAGCUCGUGGAACCAGUUGACAAAAGUUACGUGCGCAACUUCUUUGGAGAUCGACCCGGACUCGCAUGUGCCUAUGUUCUUUUCUAUCAAGAGACAACUAUCGAGGCUGUCCUGCGCGAGCAGGCGCAAGAGAAUCAGGCCCCCAUGGCCGGGGCAGCCGAAACAAGCGAGGCCGGCAAGGCUAAUGGGUCUCCCUUCUCACCACCUCUCGCCCAUGCCCAAAGUGCAUCACAGGUGCCUCCUGAUCACACAACCCCCUUCACUCCUCUCAACCGAAUCCCAACCGCACCCCAACUGCACACCUACCCAGAAGAACCCUCGGAGCCCCAAGCAGCUUCGCCGCGAGCCGUUCAACCGCCUCUCCCUCCAAUCCCUGACGAACAAACCACCCCAUUGAGCCCAAAGAAGAGUGAUCACCAACUACGGAAAGAACGUCGGGCGAUAGAGAAAGAGAAGGAGAAGAACGAAAGAAAUCGCCAGAAAGAGCAGGAGAUGUACAACCGAGAAAUGCAGCGACGAGAGGCAGAGGAGUUGAGAAGAGCCAUCGAGGCCAGCAAAGCCGACACAGCCGACCUCGCUGCUGAAAAUGGAUCACCAAGGAAGUCGACCGGGUUCGGCUUUUUGAAACGAGGCAGCCGAAGUUUCAGCCACCGACUCAGCAAGGAGAAAGAGCCCCGAGUCUCCAUGUCUGACAUGGCGACAGCGCCGCUCCUUGCAGAAGCCGUGCCAGAAGCAUCCCUCGAGACAGAGCCGCCAGUCCAGUCGCCUGUUUCCCCGAGACAUUUCCCUCCCAUCUCCCACCCUAAGCAACCCAAACAACCCAUCCGGACCUCGGAGCCCCUGGCCAAAGACCUAGCCAAAGACCUGGUCAAAGACCAACCCACCAACCACACGCGGCCCGGCCAUACCCCUCGAUGGAGAUCUUUCAGUUUCAAGAAGGUGGCAUGA